AGAAGAGAAAGCCCAGUUAGGUUUUUUGAUCGUUUGACACUAUAUAACCACCACCCCCGUUUUGAAACCCUAGCCGGGUCCAGCAUCAACCCUAAUUUUCCCCCCCUUCUCCAGGUUGCUUUUGUUGGGGAGCUCAACAAUGGCUCCUAAAGCUGACAGUACCAAGAAGGCCAAUGCAAAGGGUCAAGCCUUGAAGGUUGCCAAAGCUGUGAAAUCAAGCUCAUCAACCUUUAAGAAGAAAGCUAAGAAGAUCCGGACAUCAGUUACCUUUCACAGGCCAAAAACAUUGAAGAAGGAUAGGAACCCCAAGUAUCCACGCAUUAGUGCACCUCCAAGAAACAAAUUGGACCAGUAUCAAAUCUUGAAAUACCCACUGACAACUGAGUCAGCAAUGAAGAAGAUAGAGGAUAAUAACACACUUGUUUUCAUUGUUGACAUCCGUACUAACAAGAAAAAGAUUAAGGAUGCAGUGAAGAAGAUGUAUGACAUUCAGGCCAAGAAAGUGAAUACUUUGAUAAGGCCUGAUGGAACCAAGAAGGCAUAUGUUCGGUUGACUCCAGAUUAUGAUGCCUUGGAUGUGGCAAACAAAAUUGGGAUAAUCUAAGGAUUUAACUGUCCUCUUACCUCAGGAAGAUCAUUUUAUUGGUGAAAUGACAGUCUUGUUAGUUAUGUUGGCUAGCCAUUCAAUGUCUUCUGUUAAUUUUGAUUGUGUAUUAGAAUUUCAUUGGUGUUUCUAAAUGAGACAUGAUUUUAUCAUUUACAAAAUUAGUUUUGUUAUAAGGUUGAUGAUGUACUGCCUUUUUUUUUUUUUUUGCUAGAUUAAUUUUUAGGUCUUCGUUCCCUCUUUUGUUUCCUCUUAUUAAGUUUUUUGGCUGGAGCUGUUGAAGAAUGGAUUACAUCAGUGUGUGUGGACCUAUAAGAGGAUGUGAAAUCCUUGCCCAAACAUGGUUUACCGCUAGAUUGAACUGAAUGGUGAAGGGAGAAUAUCAAGCUGCCAAGUUUGAUUCUUUUAGACUUCUGAAACUUAGCACUGAUGAUUACUUUUUGACAUGCUUUCCUUGUGUUUGUUUGAGAGAAAUUGUCUAAUGUUCCGAAAGGUAUUUGGGCAGUAAAGAAGAAGAUUAUUUUCUUAAACCAUUCAGUUUGAUCCAGGGCUAAAUCAAGCUUUUAUUAUUAGGGUGUGUUUGAUUAGGGGGUGGAAAGUGGGGUGGAAUUUGAAUUUCAUGGAAUUAAAAAAUUGUUUAAUGGAAUUUCUUGAAAUUUAGAUGAAAAAUGAAUUCCAACCUCAUUUUCUAUCCCUAUCAAUCGCACCCUUAUAGGUAAAGUAGUAGAACUCAGAUGUUUAUAUUGAACUUGUACUGUCAUGUGGAGGAGUUUGUGCUUGUUCUUUGUUGUUUAGUUGGUGCCUGGAAAUGAUUUAUUUGCUUCUUUCUUUUCUUUUUUCUUUUUUUUUUUUGUAAUGUUUACAUUUUUUAAUGUUUUUUCCUACAAAAAUAUUUGCAUUUUUCAUUUUAGGGCUCUCUACUUAAGGAUUCAGGAUUGUUUUGAUUGAU